UCUCUUCCUCUCUCUCUCUCUCUCUCUCAUCCACAAAGCUAGCGCACAGGAUGAGAAGAGCUGGAUUUCAGAUGCCCACCUGCACCUCAUGCUUUCUCUUCACCAUGGUCAUCCAGGCCAUGCUCCAUGUAUCGUUGGCUUCCCUAAAAGUCGGUUAUUAUAACCACAAAUGCCCAUCAGCGGAAGCCAUUGUGAGACAGACCGUGCGCAAGGCUAUGAUCCAUAAUAUAGGUAUCGGCGCCGGGCUCAUCAGGAUGCACUUCCAUGACUGCUUCGUUAGGGGCUGCGAUGCUUCGGUCCUUCUCGACUCAACCCCUGACAAUCGUUCCGAGAAAGAAUCCCCGGCGAAUAAUCCGAGCCUCCGAGGGUUUGAGGUGAUCGAUGAAGCCAAGGCAAGAAUCGAGUCCGUCUGUCCAUCCACAGUCUCCUGUGCUGACAUCCUCACCUUCGCUGCUCGCGACGCCGCCUACUUCGCUGGUGGCAUCAAAUACGCUGUUCCGGCAGGCCGGCGUGACGGAAGAGUAUCCAUCGAAUCCGAAGUCCUUUCCAACCUUCCCGGUUUCUCCUUCAACGCUGUUCAGCUCGAGGACAGCUUCGCUCGAAAAGGACUCACUCUUGAUGAAAUGGUCACGCUCUCGGGAGCCCACUCGUUCGGCGUCUCCCACUGCACGUCGUUCGCUGAUCGUCUCAACGCCACCGGCCCGCAGGAUCCCAAGAUGGACCGGAAAUUUGCCGCCUUCUUGAAGUCUAAAUGCUCGCCGGCUGGAAGCGAUCCGACGGUCAACUUGGACGUCGUGACGCCGAAUCGGUUGGACAAUCAGUACUAUAAGAACUUGCGGAAGGGAAGAGGGCUGCUGACAUCGGACCAGACCUUGCAGACGAGCGCAUUGACGUCGAGGCUGGUGGAUGCCAAUGCCAAGAGGCCACGGGCUUGGGCUGCUAAUUUCGCGGCAGCCAUGGUGAAAAUGGGAUCCAUCGAGGUUCUCACGGGAGAUCAGGGCAAACUUUCCUACAAUGACGUAGGCCCGUCGAAGACCCACUCAACGUUAUGAAAGCGCACAACUCACAUGCAAGUUUAAAUCGCUCAAAUAAUUCAGUAACCGUUGUCAGGUUCUUAUCUUUCCAGCCUUUUUCUUUUUUUUUUUUGGAUGAAAGAGAGAGGUAUGACCAUUCUAUUCUAUUAACAUUUGAAUGUGUCAUGGAGGAUGCUAUAUACAAGAAGCAAACAUUAUUGAAAGCAUCUCCUUAAAGAAGCUGGUCCGUCUGGAUGCUUGAUCGGCAUCAGGGUGACAUACUCACCCAGGAGACAGGGAGUUCCCCCUCCUGCUCCUGUGGUGGAGAGCCGCAGCUAUCUGAUUUAUCAAAUGAGUCGUCCUAAUCUUGAUGCAUUGGAUAUUCUCCGAUAGAAGGUGAUUUUUAUGGUCCCCCCUCCCCCCUCUUCUUCUAUUGUACCCAAAAAAAAAAAAAGAAGCUGGUACCCAUACUAUGUACUGGUAUGACUGAGUUGUGGUCAGAGAACAAGGAAAGAAGACCAAAACUAAUUCUACUGUUCACACUUGGCCUUUUGUUAAUGAAUGAAACAUGGCCGCUCGUCCAGCUCUUGUACUUAAGUUGUUCAUAGGAUACAAUAAGAUGGAACAU